AUGGAGCAGCGGACCGGCCAGCAGAGACGCGUGUGGCUCGUCCUGGGACCAGUCCGGAGCGCGCCGGCGCGGGACAAGGUCGCCCCAUGGCCAACGCUUCCUCUGGAUCCGGAUCCAGCGUCCCCUACCCCGGAUCCGGUGCUGCCGGGGGCGGCGAAUGCAGAUGCGGCGGCCGCCAGGUGGAGCGCCCAGGUCUUCUUCACCAAGCGUCGCGGCUAUGGAGGCGUAGGUGGCGCAGCCAGAGUGCGGCGUCCCUCCCCCUCCUCCACGCCUAGUUGCUCGGCUCUGCAGCACCGGCUCGUCCAGAUCUGGGCAAGGACCUGCUGCGAAGUGGGAUGGGGCGCGCAGUUCGGCCGCGGGCAUGCCGGCGGUGGGGCAAUGUGCCGCGUUCCUCUCCGAGUUCUCUGCAGGGGUCCAACAGCGACGCGGUGCGCGAAGUUUGGCCGCGGGCUUGCUAGCGGCGGGGCUGCGUGCUGUGUCGUCUGGGCGCCUACCGAUCUUGAAUUCGUGGAAGUGAAACAUAGAAACAUUAUUGGUGAAUUUUGUAAAGGAUAUUUGCAUCUCAACUUUUUAGUGAAAGGGCUCGAUGGUAAACAUACAAUGUUUUUUGCUGAAGUGCAUCAUAAUCUCAGAGACGAGAAAGAUGUGUAUCUCUGCAAGCCUUUGGGGGAGGAUGACUGCAAUCCAUCAAAAAAGAAUGACCAAGCUCGCUGCAAAGGGUGUCAAUUUCGGGCAAAAGAUCUUAUACAUCCUAAUUGCGGUAGCUUCAUUGCUGGGCACAACACUAUUCUUUAUCCAGAGGAUAGUGACGAAGAAGAGCGUGAUUGGGAUUUCAUUUAG